GUUGGAACGGUCCUGCACAGUUGUGAUGCCUAAAGUUAGGAUUACAUGUAGAUCGUCUCUGUUGGCUAUUCAUUUUAGUGGAUAACUUCCCUCUGUGAAUGCAAAGGAGUCCCACUUAGAAUCCAUUAUCAGAGGAGGAUGUCUGUGUCGGGGAAGAAGGAAUUUGAUGUAAAGCAGAUCCUCAGGCUCCGCUGGCGCUGGUUCAGCCAUUCAUCCCAAGGUUCGGCUGGAGGUGGGGGUGGUGGCGUUGGCGGGGUGGGAGGCUACAUCCAGCAGGAUGGCCUGGACCACAGAGGGACCCCCGUCCAGGGCCGGCUGAAGAGUCACUCACGGGAAAGAGGUGUAGGAGGACUACGGAAGACUAACAGCCCGGCCCACAGUAUCUUAGCACCGACGCCGGGGCCCACGCCUGUCUAUGUCAGAGGGGGUCAUCAAUCAUGGCACCAUCAGCAGAACACCAUCCAGGGUCUCCAGGUCAACGAGGAAUCUUCAAAGAGCAGUUCAUCGCCCAGCACCACAAGGAAAGUGGAAGCCAACAUUGGCCAAGAAGAUGUGAAGAGCAGCACAGAGGAACCUGCAGAGGUGGAGGCCAGAGAGAGGUUAGCUCUGAGCACUUUCUCCAGAAUGAACACCAACUCCUCUGAUGAGUUUUUCCAGGCGACCAAUCAUGCAGAACAGACUUUCCGUAAGAUGGAGACCUACCUCCAGCACAAGCAGCUGUGUGAUGUCCUCUUGAUAGCAGGGGAUCAUAAGAUUCCAGCUCACAGAUUAGUCCUCAGUGCUGUAUCGGACUACUUUGCUGCUAUGUUCACCAGCGACGUAAGAGAGGCAAAACAAGAGGAGAUCAAGAUGGAGGGAGUCGAUCCUGAAGCCCUCAGAUCUCUGGUUCAUUUCGCCUACACUGGUGUCCUUGAGCUGAAAGAGGAGACCAUUGAGAGCUUAUUGGCGGCAGCUUGCCUCCUCCAGCUUUCACAAGUCAUCCAGGUCUGCUGUAACUUCCUGAUGAAGCAGCUUCAUCCCUCCAAUUGCCUGGGAAUACGCUCCUUUGCAGAUGCCCAGGGCUGUGUGGACCUGCUCAAUGUGGCUCAUAACUACACUAUGGAACACUUCCUGGAGGUCAUUCAGAACCAGGAGUUCCUGCUGCUCCCUACGGCUGAGAUUGUUAAGCUGCUCUCCAGCGAUGACAUCAACGUUCCAGAUGAGGAAACAAUCUUCCAGGCUUUGAUGAUGUGGGUGAGGUAUGAUGUCCAGCAUCGACAACAGGACCUAGGGGUGCUCCUUGCCUAUAUCCGUCUGCCUCUUCUUCCUCCACAGCUUCUUGCAGAUCUGGAAAACAACAAGAUGUUCUCUGAUGAUCUGGAAUGCCAAAAGCUGCUGAUGGAGGCCAUGAAGUACCAUCUUCUGCCUGAGCGACGUCCCAUGUUUCAGAGCCCAAGAACCAAACCUAGAAAGUCCACUGUUGGUGCACUUUAUGCAGUAGGAGGGAUGGAUGCCACCAAAGGCUCCACCACCAUAGAGAAGUACGACCUGCGGACUAACACUUGGGUGCAGGUUGGAAUUAUGAAUGGACGCCGGUUGCAGUUUGGCGUGGCGGUGAUUGACAACAAGCUGUAUGUGGUCGGAGGAAGAGAUGGACUCAAGACGUCCAACAUGGUGGAGUGCUACAAUCCAAUCAACAAAGUGUGGUCCACCAUGCCCCCCAUGUCAACACACAGACAUGGACUUGGUAUUGCUGUGCUGGAGGGCCCCAUGUAUGCUGUAGGAGGCCACGACGGCUGGAGCUAUCUCAACACAGUGGAACGCUGGGACCCUCAGGCCAGACAGUGGAACUACGUGGCCAGUAUGUCGACACCACGGAGCACCAUGGGAGUCACAGCGCUCAAUGGAAAAUUGUUUGCAGUAGGUGGUCGAGACGGCAGCUCAUGUUUGAGGUCCAUGGAGUGCUUCGAUCCGCAUACCAACAAGUGGAGCAUGUGUGCUCCCAUGGCCAAGAGGCGAGGAGGAGUGGGUGUGGCGACAUACAACAACUUCCUGUAUGCUGUAGGCGGACACGACGCUCCCGCCUCCAACCACUGUUCGAGACUCUCCGACUGUGUAGAGAGAUAUGACCCAAAGACAGACACGUGGACCACUGUGUCCUCCCUCAGCGUUCCCCGGGAUGCAGUGGGUGUUUGCCUGCUGGGUGACAGGCUGUAUGCUGUGGGAGGAUAUGAUGGCCAGUCAUAUCUGAACACUGUCGAGUCCUACGAUGCACAAAACAAUGAGUGGACUGAGGAGGUCCCUCUCAACAUUGGCAGGGCAGGUGCCUGUGUGGUGGUGGUGAAAUUGCCUUGAGCGCUUUGUCUCACGACAGCAUGGGAAAGAAAUGAAAAGAAGUUGCGAAGAAGAGUGG